AUGCGGCAAGGACCUGUUUCCGACACCCCCAACACUUUCCUCUCCCUAACCGAACUUUCAUUCAGUGGAACACGCGUACGCGACUUCGACAUCAUCCACAUCCACCGCCUCCCCAAGCUUUCCGUUCUCUUUCUGAACAAUACAGGGAUAGGAAACGAGGCUGUAUACCUCCUCAUCCCACUCAAACACACCCUAACCCAACUAACGCUCGCCACCAACCCCGACAUCGACAAUACGAGCAUCGACAUGAACGGGUUGAGGACGUUGGCGAAGAGGGUCGAUGAGGAGGAGUGGAUUGUGGAUAUUGAGGUUCCGUGGGGGUGUGAGGAUUAUAUUGAUAAUAUACCGAAAGCGUACCUCCUGUACCCUUCGUCCCCGUUGAUAACGGACCCAGAGGCGUGCAGCGCCUUAUCGUGCGCUGCACUUCGGCGUAAUUUGUCUGCUCAUGCGGAGAGAAACCCGGCUAUUGUGGUGGGUGGGACGAAGGAUGAGAUGGUGUUGAGGUUGGAGGGGUUGUUGAGGACGAGGAAGCUGGAUUUGUUGGUUAGGAGGAUGAUUGGGAUUGAGGAUUGA